AUGUUCUGCACUUUCACUUUGCUGGUGGUGGUCACCGUGCUGAUACUCAAUCACGUACUCUCUCGACUGCGGUUCAAGCCCACCCGCACCAAUUACGAUUACGAUGCCAUCAUUGUAGGUGGAAGCAUCGCUGGACCGGUGAUGGCAAAAGCACUUUCAGAACAAAAUCGGAAGGUUCUACUGCUUGAGCGUUCUCUCUUUGUCAAACCGGAUCGCAUUGUCGGUGAACUCUUGCAGCCCGGUGGGAUCAGCGCGUUGAAACAAGUUAACAUGGAAGGGUGUGCCACCUCUGUUGGUAUGCCCUGCGAAGGGUACAUGUUGCUGGAUGCAAAAGGAGUUGGGGUGAAACUGCCGUACGGGGCGGGCUUUCAAGGCGUUUCCUUUCAUUUCGGCGAUUUUGUAAACAAUUUAAGGGAACAUGUCUGGU